CAUGCCCCGCUCUGCUAUUCCCGAACAAUGGCAGUAUUGACUUUGGUGGAGCCUCACCUGAUGAAAACAGCACUUAUGCUUUUAAUACGGUUGCUACCUACAACUGUGACACUGGGUUUUCUCUGGUUGGCGACCAAACAAGGAUGUGUACUGGAGAUGGCAACAGCACUGGUGCUUUUGAUAGAUUACCUCCAACUUGUGAACCCAUAACAUGCCCCGGUCUGCUUUUCCCGAACAACGGCAGUAUUGACUUUGGUGGAGCCUCACCUGAUGAAAACAGUACCUUUAUUUUUAAUGCGGUUGCUACCUACAACUGUGACACCGGGUUUUCUCUGGUUGGCAACCAAACAAGGACGUGUAAUGGAAAUGGCAACCGCACUACUGGUGCUUUUGAUAGAUCGUCUCCAACUUGUGAACCCAUAACAUGCCCCGCUCUGCUCUCGCCAAACAAUGGCAGUAUUGACUUUGGUGUAGCCUCACCUGAUGAAAACAGCACUUAUGCAUUUAAUGCGGUUGCUAACUACAACUGUGACACUGGGUUUUCUCUGGUUGGUGACCAAACAAGGACGUGUACUGGAGAUGGCAGUACAACUACUGGUGCUUUUGAUAGAUUACCUCCAAUUUGUGAACCCAUAACAUGCCCCGCUGUGCUCUUCCCGAACAACGGCAGUAUUGACUUUGGUGUAGCCUCACCUGAUGAAAACAGUACUUAUGCUUUUAAUACGGUUGCCACUUACAACUGUGAUACUGGGUUUUCUCUGGUUGGGGACCAAACAAGGACCUGUACUGGAGAUGGCAACAGCACUGGUGCUUUUGAUAGAUCGUCUCCAGCUUGUGAACCCAUAACUUGCCCCGCUCUGCUCUUCCCGAACAACGGCAGUAUUGACUUUGGUGGAACCCUACCUGAUGAAAACAGUACCUAUGCUUUUAAUGCGGUUGCUACCUACAACUGUGACACUGGGUUUUCUCUGGUUGGCGAUCAAACAAGGACGUGUACUGGAGAUAGCAACAGCACUGCUGGUGUUUUUGAUAGAGUGUCUCCAACUUGUGAACCCAUAACGUGCCCUACUCUGUUCUUCCCGAACAACGGCAGUAUUGACUUUGGUGGAGCCUCACCUAAUGAAAACAGCACCUAUGCUUUUAAUACGGUUGCUACCUACAACUGUGACACUGGGUUUUCUCUGAUUGGUGACCAAACAAGGAUGUGUACUGGAGAUGGCAGCAGAACUACCGGUGCUUUUAAUAGAAUGACUUCAAUUUGUGAACCCAUAACAUGCCCCGCUCUGCUCUUCCCGAACAAUGGCAGUAUUGACUUUGGUGGAGCCUCACCUGAUGAAAACAGCACCUUUGCUUUUAAUACGAUUGCUAACUACAACUGUGACACUGGGUUUUCUCUGGUUGGUGAUCAAACAAGGACGUGUACUGGAGAUGGCAACAGAACUGCUGGUGUUUUUGCUGGAUCAACUCCAACUUGCAUUAAAACAAUAACAUGUAUUCCUCUUGCCGACCCUCUUCAUGGGACUGUAUCUUAUUCUGCUGCCGCUGAUAGAAUUGGCAAGUAUGUCAUUAAUGUGACGGCUACAUACAGUUGUGACACUGGGUUUUCUCUGGUUGGUAACCAUACAAGGACAUGUACUGGAGAUGGUAAUAGCACUACUGGUGCUUUUAAUAAAUUGUCUCCAACUUGUGAACCCAUAACGUCCCUCGCUCUGCUCUUCCCGAAUAACGGCAGUAUUAUUAACUUAAGCUUUCGUGGAGCCUCACCUGUUGAAAACAGCACCUAUGUGUUUAAUGCGGUGGCUACCUACAUUUGUCACGCAGGGUUUACUCUGGUUGGUAACAACACAAGGACUUGCGGUGGAGAUGGUAAUAGCAUUACGGGUGAAUUUGAUGGAGAAGCUGCAACUUGUGAAGUCUUAGUUAUCUCAUCUUCAUCACUUAUCCUCGAUGUUGUCAUACCUGUUGUGAGUGUGGUGGCUGUACUAGCUCUAGUUGUACUGGGUGGAGCUGUUUAUGGAUACAUUCAAGUGAUAAGCCAUCUGUUGAAGUUAAAAGAUCCACAAACUGGAACAACUAAAUUAUUGUAAUAACAAUAAUUUUUAUAUCAUUAUUAUACAUGUAUACUUACUAAGUAGGUUAUAUAAUGUGGAGGCAUUUUUACACUAGCUGUGAUAUAAUUAUUUGAGCUCACUAUAAUGAUUUG